CUUGGAAGACUUUCAAACAUUUGCAUGAAUUUCACCAGUAAUGCUUGAACCACAUAGUUGACUAGUGCAACUGUUUAAAAUGUGUUCUUGUACGCAGGGAGGUUUUUGCCCCGCACAAACAUGGCGGCGGUCAGCGGUCGACGUUGUGGUUCCUGGGCGGUAAACACUGUGUUUGGGUCACACAUCUACACUGUGACUGGAGAACGGUAAUGUCAGUCUACCUGUCGAGCACACCCCAUUCUGCUGAGUUUGGAAUGUAGUAGUGGAUGUUUGACAGCUUUAACUUUGAAGCCAGCGGUGGGAAGGGAAAAUGUUGGCGACUUUAGGACGUGUUAUGGUGAUUUAAGACGAGGAAACAGAAGGUUGUUAAGCACAACCUUUAAUACAUUGUGUCAUUUCAGCCCCAGGUUAACUGCUCUGGAGUUGUGAGAAAGCAGGGCGGGAUUAGAGGGGCAAUGCUUUGACUUUUAUGUUAAUGUUCCUACGAUGGAUAGACCAAAUUCCCAAAAGCUCAAGUCGACCUCACUGAGGCCUGGCUGCUUGGUGCGGCCCAUAGCUCCAACAAAGCUGCCUGGACGAUACUUUGCCCACCAGAAAUCUUUGCCUCGUCUGCCCGUUCCUCCUCUCCUACAAACUCUGGAACGUUACCUGCUGAUGUUGGAGCCUAUUGUCAGUCAAGAGGAGUUGGAACAUACCAGUCAAUUAGUGAAGGAAUUUGCUCAGAAGGGUGGAGUAGGAGCGAGACUACAAGCAAGCUUGGAAAGAAGAGCGAGCAAGACUGAAAAUUGGCUGAGCGAGUGGUGGCUGAGGACAGCCUACCUAGAAAGCAGGCUUCCUGUGGUCAUUCAUUCCAGUCCCGGUGUGCUGUUGCCAAAACAGGAUUAUCAUGAUCGUCAAGGACAGCUGAGAUUUUCUGCUAAAUUAAUAGCUGGUGUGCUGGAUUUUAAAUCUAUGAUUGACAAUGAGACACUUCCUGUGGAGAGUUUAGGAGGGAGCCCUCUCUGCAUGAACCAAUAUUACCAGAUUCUAUCAUCCUGCAGGAUUCCAGGUUCUAAAAGUGAUUCUUUUGCCAACUAUUCCUUAACUAAAAAACCAACCCACGUAACAAUCGUGCACAACUUUCAGUUCUUUGAGCUCUUUGUGUACAACAGUGAUGGCAGCCCACUAACUGUGGACCAACUUUACAUGCAAUUGGAGAAGAUCUGGCAUUCUUCACUCCAGACAAACAAAGAGCCAAUUGGAAUCCUUUCAACUGGUCAUCGAAACAGCUGGGCAAAUGCUUACAACACACUGAUCAAAGAUAAGGUGAACAAGGAGUCUGUGAAAUGCAUCCAGAGGAGCAUCUUCACCAUCUGCCUGGAUGCUCCAGUGCCAAAGGUGUCUGAUGAUCUCUACAUGAGUCGCGUUGCAGCUCAGAUGUUGCAUGGUGGAGGUAGUCGGUGGAACAGCGGCAACAGGUGGUUUGACAAAACCCUACAGUUCAUUGUUGGAGAGGAUGGAUCUUGCGGUUUGGUCUACGAGCAUUCAUCAUCAGAAGGACCUCCCAUUGUUGCUUUACUGGACCAUGUCUUUGAGUAUUGCAAAACCUCGGAGAUGGUUCGUUCUCCUAUGAUUCCACUGGCUAUGCCUCGGAAGCUCCGUUUCAAUAUCACGACCGAUGUAAAGAGGGACAUUGAGAAAGCAAAGCAGAACCUCAACAUGAUGGUGCAUGAUAUGGAUAUAAAAUGUUUUGUGUUCGAGCAUUUUGGGAAAGAUUUUGUGAAGUCCCAGAGGUUGAGCCCAGAUGCCUAUAUCCAGAUUGCUUUGCAAUUGGCUUAUUACAGGAUAUACGGUGAGCAGCGUGCAACCUAUGAAAGUGCCUCUCUGCGGAUGUUUCAACUCGGGCGCACUGACACAAUUCGCUCGGCGUCGGUCGAAUCCUCAGUCUUUGUGCGUGCCAUGGAUAGCCCGCAGGAACAGAAGCAAAAUAAAGUGGCCCUGAUGAGGAAAGCUGUCCAAGCACAUAGAGUCUACACGGACCUGGCAAUCCGAGGGCAAGCAAUUGAUAGACAUCUAUUUGGCCUUAAACAUCAGGCCAUUGAGGAUCUGGUUCGAAUCCCAGAGAUCUUCAUGGACACAUCCUAUGCUGUUGCCUUUCAUUUCAAUUUAUCAACCAGUCAGGUUCCUGCUAUGACAGAUUGCCUGAUGUGCUUUGGGCCAGUCGUGCCGGAUGGUUAUGGUGUAUGCUACAACCCCAUGGACAACCACAUGAACUUCUCAGUGUCUGCUUUCAACAGUUGUGCAGAGACCAAUGCAGCUAAACUUGCCCACUAUUUGGAGCAGGCACUAGUUGAUAUGAGAGAUUUGCUUGUGCAGACAAACGGCUCAAAACUCUGAAGCAGCCAGGUAAUGACGUUGGAGGGACUAGAGUUGCCCUCAGCCAUGCAUGAGAUUGCUAAUGGAUCAUACUGUGAGGGUUGGUGUUUGUUAGGUGUCAAGGUGCUCUUCCCUAGGCACUAAUUACCGAGAGAGUGCAAGUUUAUUUUUUUUAAUUGUCUUUUAAAGAAAAAAAUACUGCAAAAAUAGCCUGUUCUCCAUCUCAUUGUGGCUAAUUGUCUCACCUUUGUCUACAAUCAUAGUCACUUGCUUCCAACAUUUGAGAUCCUUUCGUAUAACAAGCCUGAAUGUUCCAGUCUGAUCCAAAGAGCUGCAGCUGAAUCAUAAGCAUCAACUUGUUUUAAAGUAAACAGUAGAUUGCGAAAACAUAAAUCAGCAAAUCUUUGCAAAUAAACUUGAGGUAUUCAAAGUAACCCAGUCCUCUGCUUACCAGGAUUACCAGCUGGUUCUAGUUAUCCAGGGUAUAUAUUUUAAUCAACGUAUUGUAUGUAAAAUUCUCAACUGGUGCUUUAUAAAGAUUCCUGGUGAAUAUUUGCUAUAAGCAUGACAGUAUUUUUCCCCAACAUAUCUGAAGGACUCAAGGCCAAGUUUAGAACAAAAGGAAUGUUUUAUUACAGCAUUAGAUCUCCACAUACCCUUGGUUGUUUGGUGGAUGUAGAAACUGUUCAGAUAGCUGGUUAAGACUCAAGGGAGAUGUGGAAAUACAAAUUAUCUGACGAUAAGUUUUUGCAUCUUAUUUUGUUUAUCACCAGCAAGCUGCAACACAAUCUGUUUGUGUAAAAUGUGUAUUUUCUGUAUAUUUCUAUAAGGAUAGGUUUGGUCAUUGCAGGAUGCAAGGUCAGUCUAUUAUGAAUUCUAACGGCCCAAAACCAUGUCAUUCAGUCCUUUAAGUCUCUGCUGGCCUAAUGCAGAUGUGCAGAGCCGAUUCAAUGGUAACUUUCAAAAGGAAUUAAAUACAUUUGCAUAUUGAAAUGUAUAGUGAAAGAGUCAGCACUGGAUCAUCGUAGCUAAAUGAUUUUUAUGUAGUAUUCAGUGGGACGGGACAUUACACUGAACAACUGCUUUUGUUUUUUUAAAUAACUAAAUUAUGAAAAGAAUAGACGACUAUUGAGCUGGAAAUUGUUUGAAUUUAAUAUACAUGCUAAAACAAGAUUUGUAUAGGCACGCUUGUUAAUGUGUCCUGCUGCUGCUGAUGGAAUUUUCUAUUGUGCUCCCAACACAAAUGCAGGUUUAGUACUUACAAUGCUUUUAAAUCACUUACCUGGUACUUAAGCCAGUUUUAACUAAUAAAUACAUACCUGCUCAUGCAUUAAUUGAUAUCAGUGCUCCAGGUGUUAAAGGGGAGCUUACUGUGAAUUUGCACGGCUAUUGCCAGUUAUUCAAAGGCUUUGAUCCUGGAAGGGAGGAAGUACCUAAUUGUUAAUGAAGUGGAAAGUUACUUUAUCCCAUAAAUACCCAGAGGACCUUCUGUGAAAUUAAUUGAUUCUGCAAGGUGGCCAAAGAAAUGUCCCUCAUUCUAUCACUGAGAGAAAUAAAAAUAUUUAUACAAUUACAAGAAUUGCAAUUCCUAUUUCAAAAAGGUGCAUUUUGGGAAGACCAUUAGAUGAGUGGCUUAGGUGGUCAUUUUCUUAAAACUUCAGCAAUAUUUACACAACUGUCCUAUUUGUGCCCGAAGCAAUAGCUGCAACUUUCUGAACCAGAGCAUGGAACAGUUGGAUAUCCCCCCCCCCCCCCCCCCC